CUUGGAUACGAUUCAUGGAAGGAGUGUUGAUUCGUCAGUUUGAAUUUGAUUUCAAUCAAUCAAUUAUCGAAAUAGAAACAACAGUGAAAUAUAUAUAAUCAUCGCUAUUAAGUAUUAUAAAGGCAAUGUUCUUACAAGUAACGAACAUAAUAAAAAGAAAAUGACAGAUGACGUAUACAAUGUUGCCAACCUAUUACAUUACGCUGUUGUCAAUUUUACACUGUGAACUAGUGUGAAUAAAAAAUGGCGGACGAACAGUUACCUGCCGGUUGGGAAAAACGCCUCAGUAGAUCGACCGGUCAGCAUUAUUAUUUGAACAUAUAUACAAAAGAAUCUCAAUGGGAUGCACCAGACAAGCCCGCAGAGCCUGUUUCUUCCAGUGGACCUGAGCAAGUGCAAUGCUCCCAUCUACUAGUAAAACAUAAAGAUUCCAGGAGACCCUCUUCUUGGAGGGAAGAAAAUAUCACAAGAUCAAAAGAUGAAGCUUUGGAUUUAGUAAAAUCCCAUCGAGAUCAGAUUGCAUCUGGAAAAGCAUCCUUUGCUGAACUGGCUGCUAAAUAUUCAGAUUGUUCCUCAGCAAAACGAGGUGGGGACCUUGGGCCUUUUGGAAAAGGGGCAAUGCAAAAACCAUUUGAAGAAGCUGCUUUUGCAUUAAAAGUAGGAGAACUAUCAGAUCCUGUCUUUACAGACUCAGGAGUUCAUAUCAUCUUAAGGACAGUUUAA